GUGUAGUUUUUGACAGUGACAAGUGUUAUUCGAUUAAGAGGUGUAUUUACAGAAAUAAGAGAUUACAGUGGAGAGAGUGUUCGAUGUCAUUUUAAAUAAAUUGCGAUUCAUAAUUUCCAAUAUACAGACAUGACGGAUGAUCGUAUAGUGCUUUGAGUGUUCAAAUAAAGUAUAUAAUUUAUAUUGUAAUUAACUUUAAUAUUUUGAUAAUUUACAUAUUAUAUAAAACAAAAGAAAUCAAAAAUGAUAGAGAGAGGAUUUUGUGCGGACGAAAUGGGUGGACUUUUAAAUGCUAACCCGGCGCAAAUGAGCGGUUUUCAAAAUCAUUACGGAAACGGCGGACAUUUCAGUCAAAUGUAUCCCCCGAACCAGCGGCCUUCCUUUGCCAUUCAGGAACUUUUAGGUCUCAGCAACCCAGGUUGUCGGCAAAACACAACCCCUGAGCUACUGGAGCCGCAAAAUAUUUCUCCGGGAAAUCUGAUGUAUAUGUCUAGAGAUUUUCCUAUGUACAGUCAUGGAAAUUAUAAUGGACCAAGUAUACCUCAAGACUCAAUAAAUCAAAGUUAUAUGAAUCCACGUGAACCUACACCUCAUCAGCAGACGACACCGUCGACGUCAUCAUUUUGCCCGUGGCGGUUCGAUCACCUAACGCAGACGACAAUGCCAAAUCAACCGCUCUCGCAGACGAUGGUACCACCUAUACCAAGACACCCAGAAAAUAUCACUUACAAUUACAAGUUAUCACCGGUGCACGAACAGGUAUCCCCGGACCUAGACACACCCCCUUGUAUACAGAACCAAGACAAAUAUGAACAGAACAACUCAACAAACAGCAAGAACAAAAAAAAGAGACGCCGUCAUCGAACGAUAUUCACGUCCUACCAGCAAGAUGAGUUGGAAAAGGCGUUUAAAGACGCGCAUUAUCCUGACUUAUAUGCCAGGGAAGUUCUCGCUUUAAAAAUAGAUCUACCGGAAGACAGAAUACAGGUUUGGUUUCAAAACCGUCGCGCAAAAUGGAGAAAAACAGAAAAAACAUGGGGCAAAAGCAGUAUCAUGGCUGAGUAUGGACUAUACGGUGCAAUGGUUAGACAUGCACUUCCGCUGCCGGAUGCCAUUGUGAAGAGUGCUGACAAGGGGAUAGAACAGUCAUCUGCUCCCUGGCUUCUUGGUAUGCACAAAAAGUCAAUAGAGGCUGCGAACAAAAUGAAAGAGGAGGAAAGUUCGGAUAGUGAAAAGAAGCCGGAUAGUGAUGUGCGUACAGAAAGUAUUGCAGCUUUGAGAGCAAAGGCGCAACAGCAUAGCUCAAAAAUGUUGGAAGUCCUACAGAAAAAUGAUGGCUGUGAGAAAACUAAUGACACUUCGAACAACAGUUUUAAUAGUUCCUUUCUUUCGGACACAAAUGUGUCAGUUUGUCAUGAGAUUUUGCGGCAAUAGCGCCUGAAAAGUACAACAUUGUUUGGAAAAAAAAGUUCUCUUUGAAAUGUGCCUUUGUGAGGUUUGAUAUUGUAGUAAAUUGUGUGCUAUAUUUUGUGUUCGACAAGCUAUUUUUUUUCUGAAUUUUUAACGCAUCGUACGCAGAAAGAAGAAUACAUAAACAUGGUUUUAAUGUCAUUUCAAACACACUACAUUGCCAAUCAAAAAAUUUCAUGAUAAUUUAUCAGUUACAAGCAGCAUAAUAACUGAAUUAUGCAUAAACAAAAAAUUAUUGAUUACUUCAGUAUUUGAUUUUUCUAAGGUUGUUAAACAAAAUUUUAAACUUUGUGACGCAGCAGCAUUUAUAGCAAU